CCUAAUUUGAUAAUCUGAUCCAGAUAAAAUGAAAUUGAAGUAUUUGGCUCUCACUGUGUUUAUAUCUGUUCAGGGAUUACUAGGACAAAAUCUUGAAGAUAUUGCGAAGGAUUUAAAGAUUUUUCAAACAGAUGAUAUUUAUCCAACUUCACAAUUUUCUACGAAGGCGAAGGUAGAGAAUGGAAAAUGGAAAUCUAAGAAACCAACGGAAAUAGAGAAAAAGUUCAGGAUACUGGAGAGAGAAAAAGAGGAGGAAGACAGGAUAAAGAAGGAGGAAGAGGAGAAGAAGAAGAAACUAGAUACAGGGAAGAAGAAGAAGAAUAUGUCUAUCAAGGAUAAAUCCAAAAUAAAGAAAUCGGAUGAUACUUAUCUCAAAGACGAGAAAGGUCAGCUGUGUCAAUCAAUGUCUGAAGACUCUGUAAAGGAUACACUCUUGAAGUUUGGUUUGGUUACCCAUAUUAUUCCAGAGGUUGAAAAAUUCAGGAGUUCAAUAAAACUUCUAAAAGAUUCUCUCCCGCAGAAAAAGAAAAGAAAAGAGAAUAGAUCAUCUGCUAAAAAAGACAAGCUUGGAGUUCUAAAGGAUGGUACAACUGUCAAACUGACCCAAUCAAACUUUGUUGGAAGAUCUUUCAGUCUUGCUUCACUUCUAAACCCAAUGCGUGAUGAUUUGGCUGAGAUCUAUGAGGAUGGAGAUAAUAAUGUUGUAAAAAGAAGAGAAGAAAGAAGAGGACGAGAUAAAAGGACUCCAGAAGAUAUUGCCAGCUAUCUGGGUGCAAUGAAAAGAGACACUAAACGAAAAGGAACUUCUAGAAACUUCGAUCAAGUUCCAGAAUGCUAUGGAUGGAGAUAUUUGACAGCAAUUUCUGCAAUUUCUCCUGAUAACUCCGCUGAUGUGGAUGUACUUACGCAGUCAGUGUCUGAUAUGUUGGACAACACUUUUGCUGAAUUAGUUGCAGAUAUUCUAACUUCAUGCAGUGAUAGACUUGAGGUUCCAGAUAUGUGUCCUCCUAUGGAGGAUUCUAAACCUGGUGAAGAUGACCAGCCCCUGCUAGCCGGGCUGACCUGCAACUCAACAUGUCAGCUAAACGAUGACUGUGGUUUCCAGGAAUUAUGCUGCAGACAAAGUUGUGGAGGAAACAGUUGUUUAAGUGUACUGGGUCCAAAGUACAACAAAUGUGAGUUUGCUGAUCAGUACAUGCAGUGUGUGUACAACAUGAUAGAUACUCAGAUUUGUGCCGACAACCCUGGCCACACCAUUUUCUCCAAGGUUACUUAGAACACAAAUGAAUCCCUGGACAACCCUGGCCACACCAUUUUCUCCAAGGUUACUUAGAACACAAAUGAAACCCUGGACUAACUGCAGGGAUAGAUAUAAUCGGAUUCUUAAAUCUAAAUUUAUUUGCGUUUUGAUCUAUGUAUAAUUUAUAAAUCUUAAAACUUACAAUUCUUCUAACUAUUCAUUUGCCACGUCAACGGACAACAAAGUGUGCCAGAGAAAAACCGAAAAAAUGAUUUUAAAUUCGUCAAAUUUGUAUCGUAAGCGAUAGUUUACCCAAACCAUUAAUUCAAUGAGAUGAAACUUUUUGCUAAAACUAAAUAAAGGAAGAAAUUACAAUCAGCCCAAAAGGGUAAAUUUUAAACAUUUACAUUCUUUUAAAUGACGAUAAAUAAAAACUCAAAUUUGUGAUAUUUUUUGUAUGAUUAAUUCAUAUUUAUUGUAUUCAUUCGUAUAGUGUGGAUAUUUUAUAUUUUAGAAUAGAAAAAAUCUAUUAUUCUUUUUUAGAGGGAAAGGGUUCGAUCAAAUAUGUUCAAAAGUUG